UCAGAUGAUUCUCAGCCUGGUUAUCACAUGCUCUGCAAUGAAGCACAGAGAACAUUAACAACAUUAUUUAAAUUUUGAAAUAAUUAGAGGCGGAAAAUGGAGAGUGCUAACUCCGUUCUCCAAUUGCACAAGCCUAUUAUGGAACUCUGUUACGUCAGCUUCUAUCUUUCUCCGGGUAAUGUCAGGGGAUUCACAUACAAAUGCUGUGUAACUCGAGACAAGGCUGGAGCAUGCUUUGAUUACUGCAUUAGAGUCAGGGAGGAGACCGAGCAGGCACAGCACAAAGAUCCACCUUGUAGAAGCUUUUCAGAGGCUUUAAAGAAAAUUACGACAAGGGACCUGCUCACUGCGGCCAAAGACAAAUUGCUCCUCCACACCAUCAACAAAUCAGGACUUAAAAUGGGAAAUCAGGAUGGCAAAUUUCAGGACCUGCCUGGAGCAUCUAAUUUUUUAGAGGACUCUUCACUACCUAUUGAUUUUCAUGAGUCAUUCAUGGCCUCUGUGGAAAAAAAGACUCCUUCGACUAAAGGUAAAAAAGGCCGGAGGUUCAGCCGAAGAAAAGAGAGCAUAGAGGACUUUGUGAACAAGAAGAUGAAGUGGAAAGUGGCACAAGAGAUGGGGAUGGCACAAGGCAGAGAGAGAACACCAUCUAUAAGAAUUUCCUUGGCAGGUUCCAUGGAUGACUUGCUGCGGCCAAGACUCCAGUCUCUAGAAAAUAAGGACAGUUAUGCUGCAGGUCUUUCAGUGAAAAACUCCCAUGGUAAAUGCAGUGAAAGUUCGGGGAGGCUUAGUACAGAGUCAACAACAGGAAGUUCCCAGUCUUUGUAUGACAAUGAUGUGUUUGGAGAUUUCCCUUUACUUCCUCCGAAUGGCAGUGCUAUGGGGGACCUCCAAGGUGUCCUCAGGAUUGUGCAGGAGCAACAAAAUGAGGGUGCAGAUCCAGGAAGUUUAUUAAACGGAAGUUCCCUGGAAAAGGAUGAUGGUGAUCUGUCUUCUAGUAGCAGAGAGGUUAGGACUGUUGUAGCUAAAGUGCUAAACAUCUGCAGCGGUAGUAUACAAAAGGCAGUACCUACAUACUUAGAUGAUUCACUUACAGAUACCUCAAAUGUCACAGCUGUCCUGUCUGAACCACCAAAUGAAUUUGUGCCUAAAGUCGAUGUUGUUGCACUGCCAGGGCCUGUUGAGCAUCACAAGGGGGGCGAUUUGGGUUGUGAGACAAAACUGGAUCUUGAGGCCAUGGCUGAUCAGGAGGUUGUCCAGUUAAAUGGUUUUGUCAACAAAAACCUCCUUAAAGUCCUUAAAAGUGACAGUCUGGAGGAAACUGAGUAUUGGUUGGGGCAGCUGGAUCGCAAAGGAGUACAUGGUCGUAUAAGCCCCAAUCUGAUGAAACAAAUAAGUUCCUUGGAAUCGCUGAGCUUACCCACAGUGACUCAUCGGAAUGGCAGAACUGAGAAACGCACAAGCUCGGCUGCAGACGGUGAUCUGCUUGGUCACUCAUUAAAUACUAAAGAGGCAUCUUCUGGUCUGUCUUCUUUUUCAUCCCGUCUACCAAGCCCCCAACUUCAUCACAGGAUUCUCCCCUUGCCAGUAAAGCGUUCCCAUGAAGAUCCUGGCACUUGGGGCAGGGAAAUGCAUUGGGCAGUGCCACAUGACACCGAUAAAGAGUCAUUAGUCGGGGGUAAAAUCAGAGCAUCUAGCCUUUCUAACUUGGCUUCUGAAGCCUGUGGUAAUGGCCAGCACAAGAAUAGACAGUUUGAGAAUGGGAAAAUCUUCCCCUUCCAUCGAGGUUAG